AUGACAUUUGAUAAAGAGCAUAACACAGAUCUAAGUAAAGUUCGUGUGUUCAUUGUCCGCCACGGCCAGACGUCAUGGAACAACCUCAAGAUCUUACAAGGUCACAAAGAUGUGCCACUCAACGAUCGAGGUCUAGAGCAGGCUAGAUUUGUCGGCCUAAGAAUGAAGGAUCUAGAUAUAGACGAGUUCGUUAGCUCUGAUUUGAGUCGCUGUGUUCAGACUAUGAAUGAGAUCACAUCUGCGCACCGCGAGAAACCUAACUUCAAGCUGAGGUACACAUCCAACCUGAGAGAGCGAUCUAUGGGCCCCGUCGAGGGAAUGCCCCUAUCGGAAGCUAAGGAAAAGUAUGGUGCCCAAUUCAAAGAAAUGGGAGAGACAAGAGUAGAGCUUUUGACACGGCUGCAAAAUGAGUGGAACCGAAUUAUAGACGAAGCCACUUCAAACGGGUACACUAAUGUGCUGAUUUGCACUCAUGGCGGUGUAAUCACCAACUUCACUAAUCAUCUUUAUAAAUCAUGUGCCUACACAUUGGCUCCUGGAUUACAGGAAGAGGAUUUGAAAGUUCCAAGUAAUACCAGCGUGACAAUAAUGGAUGUGGACAAAAGCACGGGAAAGGGAAUAAUCCUGAGAUUUGGGUCGGCCGAACAUUUGCAUGGCCAUGUCGAGACUGUUGAUCAAGACCUGAGAUAA